AUGAAACUUCUUCCCACUGCACUCACUGCCCUCGUUCUCGCUGUUGGCGCAGCUGACGGCUCGCUCACUAUACGCACGACUGCUCAGGGUCAAACCCAACGCAUGAGCAACGCGGUGCAACAGAGUCCCGUGCAGGAGCAACAGAGUCCCGUGCAGGAGCAACAGAGUCCCGUGCAGGAGCAACAGAGUCUGGUGCAGAAGCAACAGUCGAGUAGUCCUAUCAGCAGCAAUGCCUGCAUCCUCACAGGCAUGUACAAGAAAGGGACUGACAUUUCGGCGUGCAGCUCCAUCACCGUCGAUUCGCUCCGUGUACCGCCUGGUGUGACGCUGGACCUGACGAAGACGAAGAGAGGUGCCGUCAUUGAGUUCAUAGGCACCACGACGUUCGGAACGAAAAUGUGGGCCGGUCCGCUCGUUAUGGUCAGCGGAACGGAUCUCACCGUGAAGGGAUCGGGCGUCCUCGACGGACAAGGACCUUGGUACUGGAAAUACGGUCCGUCCAUCUUGCGCCCCGUCUUCUUCCGUCUCCAAAGCGUCAUCAGCUCGAAAGUGUCCGGGUUCACGGUCAAGAACAUGCCCUUCCGUACGUUCAGCCUCGUCACGUGCAAGAACACGAUUCUCUCUGGUCUCACGAUCGACUCGAGAGCGGGCAAUGGCAUCGCCAAGAACACAGAUGGGUUCAACUUGUCUAAGAACGACGGGGUCACGAUCACCGGCAACACGAUCUACAACCAGGACGACUGUCUUGCUAUGCAGUCGAGCAUCAACACCGUCUUUAGCAACAACUACUGCUGCAAUACGCACGGUAUUUCCAUCGGGUCUCUUGGUGGCAACGCUGUCGACGCAUCUACCACGGUGCGGGGCCUAACAAUCUCGGGCAACACGAUCGUCAACAGCGUCAACGGUUUCCGCAUUAAGACCAUCAUUGGUCUCAAGGGACUCAUCGCUGACGUCAAGUUCAUCAACAAUAAGGUUCAGAACGUAAGAAACGCGGUCUCUCUCCACGCGAACUACGACAGGGGAUUGGGCAGGUACAGGGGUCCGCCCACGAGUCAGGUGCAGAUCACUCGUUUAAUGGUCUCCGGUCUCACUGGCACGGCGGAGAAAGUGUACGAUAUCCAAGUCAACCCGAAGGUGAUAUCGGAUUGGACCUUCGAGGCCAUUGAUGUGCGCGCGUCGAUGAAGAGUACGAUUGAAGGCUUGCCCAAAGGCGUGGCCGUUUGA